GGACGGGAUAAAGAUAGUCCUUUAACCGGAAGGUCACGGACAUUUUUGUGAGACCACGAAAACAAGGAAGACAAAAACAAUGAAUAUUCUUCAUUUGUUAUAUGUAUUUUACUCUCAGCCAAUACUCAACUUGAAUAUGACUGGUUAAACAAGCUGUCUAAAAAUGGUGUCUAUAAUGUUUCUUCAGAUUCUUGUGCUAACUGCAUCAGCUGUGGAUGGCAUUUAUGUACCAGAUGCUAGUACGGACAACACCGACCUAAACCUCAUCGCUUCUAAGUGUCCAAAAAAUUGUAAUUGCUCACACCAGCUGAUGACCGCUCAUUGUCACUUUAAUUAUGGGGAAAACAAUGAUAGAGAUUUUUCUGCAUGGCACGUCACCAGUCUUAAAAUUCAUGGAGAUAGUUCUACGUGGAUUUUUGCGACUUCAAAACUGUCAGUGAGAGAAGUGUUGUACCGAGAUAUGCUUGAAAAAGAUGAGAAGAAUUUUAGACAAAGCCUUGCCGGAUUAACUCAUCUUGAAAUAAGUUAUGUCCCAAUUAGUCAGAUCUCCGAUACUGAUUUUGGUGACCUUAAAAAACUGGUGUCUCUUUCGUUAACUAAUGAUAAUAUAUCUUACGUAGCACCGCAUGCCUUUGAAAAUUUGCUUCAUCUUGAAGAUUUGAAUCUGGACAGCAACCAAAUACAGAAGCUUUCUGAUAAUGUUUUCAAAAAAUUAGAAAAUUUGCAAAAUCUUCAGCUUAGAGGCAAUAUGUUGAAUGUGAUAAAAGGGAAAGUAUUUGAAGGUUUACCUAACCUUAAAUCGCUUGAUCUAAGAAAUAAUCAGAUUGAGUACUUGGAUACAUUUGUUCAUAGUUUAAAUAGCCUAAAUACAUUGGAUGUACGAGGGAACGAAAUUUCGUAUGUGUCGGAAAAUACUGUUGAAAAACUGCUCCAGUUUGGUCAAGUUUUUCUCUCUAAAAAUCCAUUUUGGUGCUCAUGUUCAUUAAAAGAAUUUAUCCGAGCUUAUCAGUUUAAAUCAUCGUCAAUGGAAGAUUCCCUAACAUGUUUAGCUCCAGAAGAGCUAGCGCAUGUGAAAUUUGAGGAUUUGAACUUGGACAGUCUUCCUUGUCAUGGUGCCAAUGUGACGUCAUUGGUAAGGUCUUCGAGCACCCUUUACCAGCAGUCUCUAGUUUUAGACUGUCAGGUUUCUGGUGAUCUACCAUUGGCACUUUACUGGAUUACACCAUGGGGUGAAAAUUUUACCAACACAAGAUCUAAAUUAACUUUUCCCGACGACUUUGAAGCCAUGAAAAGCGAAGAGUCAAUUUCUGCACUUAAUUUAUUGGUGACCUCAAAGGUAUACGUUUCUAAAAAUGGAUCAUUACAUAUUGAGAAGUACAGAGGUUAUUUUGCAGGAGAUUUUACUUGUGUUGGAGUCAACUUGAAUGGACAAAGUAACCAAACAUUGUACGUUACAAUAGAACAUAAACUGCCUAUGAUACACAUUACAAGUCUUUUCGUUGGUGCUUUCUCGGGAGGUUCAAUGUUUGUACUUGCCAUUAUUAUCGGAAUGGUGCGAUUGUUCGUGAAUAAAUGUCUUCAUUCGGACACGUGUAACUGCUGUUGCUGUCAUUGUGAUGAUGUGGAAAUUUAUGAAUAUGAUGAAAAAGUCAAGAUUGAGGACCUUGACAUGGAGAUUGAGGUCAAGACGAAUGAAAGCGAUUGUUCGCCGGAUUUCUCGGAAUAUGAUCCGAGCCUACCACCACCGGAUCCGCCUGUUAAUUCGCCACAACUUAGAUUGUCUCCUGAUAAGUGUACAACUCCAGAUAAUGAAGAAAACUCGGACCAAACUAAGGUUUGUAUAAAAAGUACUCUGAAGAUAAGGAAUAUUAAGGACGCAGGAAGUAUGAAGAUACAGUCUAUAAAGGAGACUAGUUCAAAUGCAGCUUCGAAGGUGAAGAAAAAUGUAGCCAGUGGAAUGGUACAGGUGAAAUAUGGGGUGCAAUCUAUCAAAGAGUUUUGUGGGACAAGCGACAUGGGACCAGGAACCAUUUCCAUGGUAUCUAUAUCCACUGAUGUUGAUACAAAAGAGCAAGUUCAGAUGGUCAGAUCGCACACAUUCGUGUGAAGCAGUAAAUCCAGGAAAUUAGACUAGGUUCUGUUAUAUAUAGAAUAUUCCAUUUUAUGGUCAUCUGAUCACUGAAUAUGGUCAUGUGAUCGCUGUUUAUGGUCAUGUGAUCACUGAUUAUGGUCAUGUGCUCACUGUUCGGGGGAUCCCAGGUAGUGAUAAUGUGAUCACUCAUUAUUGUCAGGUGAAUACUUAUUAUUUCGUAUGAUGUACAGCUUUUGUGUUUUUAUUUUCAAAUUUUGCAUUGCAUCAUAUAUUGUGCCUAAUAAAGUUAUGUAAAAACAAAAGAAAAUUUCCAAUAGUUGACGCUCAUGAAAAUCCAGGUAUAGUAAAUUCUGAAAUUUACACAAG